AUGCACCAAAAGAUCUCACAGACACCGAUAUUACUGAGCAUAGCCGCCGGCAACAGCUCUUGUUGCAUCUUCAGAGUCCCGAAAAGCUUUGUUGAGAUUAACGAUGAGUGCUACCAACCUCAGAUUGUCUCAAUAGGUCCGUACCACAGAGGAGAGCCAAAGCUUAGAAUGAUCGAGGAGCAUAAAUGGAGGUACCUUGGCUCCUUGCUCGACAGGAAAAAGACUAGUUCAGGUCUAAGCCUGGAAGAAUACUUGAAGGCCGUUGAGCCAUUAGAAAUCAGAGCUAGAGAGUGUUAUUCAGAGACUAUUGGUCUGAACAGAGAUGAAUUCUUAGAGAUGUUGGUUCUUGAUGGGUGUUUCAUCAUUGAGUUGUUUCUAAAAGUUGGUAAAUUAGUCCCUUUCGAGCCUGGAGAUCCUAUAAUUUCCAUGGCUUGGAUAUUACCUUUCUUCUACAGAGAUUUUCUCCGCCUCGAAAACCAGAUUCCUUAUUUUAUUCUCGAGUGUUUAUUUGAUCUUAUAAUGGAAGACGGCCAGUCAGGCCCUUCUCUCUCCUCUCUCGCUCUUGAAUUCUUCAACUACGCGAUGCAGAGACGAGAUGAAGACAUUGCCAAAUUUCAUGAUCUCAAAGGGAAGCAUUUACUCGAUUUGGUAAGGAAAAGCUUUAUCCCAUUCGACCACGACGGAGAUCAACGCCACAAAGGCCCCACACCAACACACAUAAUCCACUGCGUCUCAAAGCUUCGUCGGUCCGGAAUCAGAUUCAACCCGGCGAAAGAGGAAACCUUUUUGGUAGUUCACUUCCGGCGAGGAGUGAUCCACAUGCCGACAAUCACCAUCGACGACUUCAUGAGCUCGUUCCUGCAAAACUGCGUGGCGUACGAGCAGUGUCACCGGAGCUGCACCAAGCAUUUUACAACUUACGCGACGUUUUUGGAUUGUCUGAUCAACACGGCGAGUGACGUGGAGUACCUCUGCGAUCGGAAUGUCGUAGAGAAUUAUUUCGGGACGGAUAUGGAGGUGGCAGGAUUCAUCAAUAAGUUGGGCAAGGACGUGGCUUUUGAUAUCCAGAGGUGUUACAUGGCGGAAUUAUUCAACAACGUUCAUGAGUAUCAUAAGAGUAGUUGGCACGUGCAGUGGGCGAGUUUCAAGUAUACUUACUUUGAUACGCCAUGGUCGUUUAUAUCUGCACUUGCUGCGUUUAUUCUUUUGAUACUCACCGUUUUGCAGACUUUCUUCACCGUCUACCCAGCUGUAAGAGGGGAUCCGGUCAAAGGUCAAGGAUGA